UUUGUACUAGAAGCAAUCCAUACGGACCAAGAACUUUUCCUGUGAAAAUUUAUCGCACAGUUUACACUAUCAGCAGCUGGAGAACAUGUUGCAUAAACGGCGAAUGAAUAAACGAAUUAAAUUUCGAUUUUGCUGAAAUUCUGCACCACCCUAAUGUUAAUCUGAAGUUCUUAAUCACCCAAGCAUAUAAGAAGUGGUUGAGAUAACUCUUCCAGUCAAAACUUCGGUACUACCAGUGAGAGGGACGUCGUUUGAGAACUAAGUCAAAAUGAAAGGACUCUUGGUAUUGCUACUUUUCAUCGCUACAAUUGACGGAAUAGUAACGUUCUCUGCGAAAAGAAAUGAAUACAACCAAACUGUGGUUGACAUACGCCGUUUCCGUUGGCCCGCUGAUGCCAUGUUGAUGGGCAAAAUUCCAGAUGAAGCAUCGUUUUAUUUCUUUAAAGCCCAGGUGGACAUUCUGCCACAAAACUUUACUGAUCAAUUCAAAAAUUGCAUUCAUAUACAGUUUGAACGUGGGGUGGUCAAAACAAUUCACGUAAGCCCAAAAUUAACGCACAUUGAGCUAUAUUCCACAUCUACUGCAAAUGUGAUCAUUGAAAUUGGGAAGGAAUACCAGCUGGAAGAAUUCACAUGCAGCAAUACGAAUUUGACAGGUAUUCCAGAUAAUAUUAGCCAACUGAAAAAAAUGAAAUAUUUAAAUCUUAUUGGAAACUUAAUACAAACAGUUCAACUUGACCAGCUUCAUGGUUUGGACAAUUUGGAAUCUCUUCAGCUUACUGAUAAUGAAAUAAAACACAUUCACAAUCAUGGAUCGGUGAGUUUGCCGUCGCUCACUAAUUUACAUCUUGCAAACAAUCGAUUGACACAUAUUGACGUAUGUAGUUGGAACAUGCCAACGCUUUCCUACAUUGAUCUUCGUUUCAACUUUUUGACCCAUUUCGCAAUCAACCAGUUUCGUGUGCUCAAAGGAUUGCGUAUAUCUGACAACCCACUGAAUUGUGAUUGGAUGCAUAGUUUACUUAAAGCUAGAUCAGAUAUAUACCAUGUGGAAGAAUUAACUUGCGCCAACGAAAGCAGCGAAGGAGUCUUUGCGUUGGAUUGUCCAAUGCCGAUUGAACAAUUGCGACAGCAGAAUGCCAAUUCAAUGACCAGUUCAGCGCCAGUUGAAGCAACCGUGUUGAACAACAGCCAGCAAAUUGCCGAACUCAACCGAAAAAUCCAAAAGAUGGCGGCGUUGCUGGAAAAUCUUGCAAAAAAAUCAAAAAUCGACGAAAGAUUGCAAAAGAUUGAGGCGCUGCUGGAAAGUCAUAACUCCAGGAUCAUUGAGCAGCAAAAUGUUUCGAACGACAUCAUUGAGGCCAUUUAUAGAGCUGAAAUGGAGAGAACAUAUAAUACCGAGAAAACGCCAUGAUCUUUGCGAGAAAUAAGCAGGAAUUCAUGUUUGUAUUCUAGGUCAGUGUUAUCCUA